AUGAGUACAGAGACAUUCAUUUUGUUUGAGGCAGCGCCAGGGCUGCUGCUGCUGCGGGUGAAGGCGUGGGAUUCGAUAGCGCAGGACACCGAAGCAGUUCAGGAGGCGUGUGCUGAUGCUCAGCGAUUUAAACAACUUGUUUCUUGUGAAGCAUUCUAUCCUUUUGCGGAUGCCGCCGAGGCGCUGGAGACGUUGGUGGGGGUAGCAAAUGGCACAGUUCCUCCGUGCAUGCAGAAGUUCCUGGAGCUGCACAUGCCUGCUGCUGCUCGUAGCAGCAGCAGCAGCAAGAAGAAGAAGCAACUAGCUGGCGUAGGGGAGGAGGCUGCUGCAUGCGCAUUAGGAGUAUGCGACCCAACUCUAGGGAAGGCGCUGAGUGCGCUGGGGUAUAGUGUGGUAUACAACCCCUCCAUGCUGGAGGUGCACCGCGGUGUACGCAUGCAUCUGAGGAGCCUAGCGAAGCAACUCAAAUCGUUGCCUUUAAACAAAUUCCAAGUGGGGCUGGGCCACAGUUACAGCCGCCAUCUCAUGCAGCUAGAUCCGCGCAUGCAAGAUAAACCCAUUAUGCAAUCGGUGGCCUUAAUUGACUCACUCGAUAAGACAAUCAACACCUUCGCAAUGAAACUUAAAGAGUGGUAUGGGUGGCACUUCCCUGAACUCGUUAAGAUCGUACCCGAUACAGAGGCCUACAUCAAGACCCUCCUCGUCAUUCAACAAAAAGAAAUCUUCAAUGAAAAGGAGGGCAGGGAGGCGCUGCUGGAGGCGGUUGGGAACAGCGAAGAACUCGUUGCGGAGGUGCUGGCUGCCAUGAAGCACUCGAUGGGACAGGAGAUAUCUGCUGCUGACUUCGAGAAUAUUCAUCAGUUUGCUCAACAGGUGUUGCAUUUGUGCGAACAGCGACGAAGUCUGCAAGAGUAUUUAAGCGGGAAGAUGGACGUCGUAUCUCCGAACCUGAAAGCAGUCGUAGGGGAGGUUUUGGGGGCCAGACUCAUUUCGCAUGCAGGCGCUCUCGUCUCCCUGGCCAAGUACCCCGCCUCCACCAUUCAAAUCCUAGGAGCAGAAAAGGCUUUGUUUAGAGCCUUGAAGGCGCGCAGCGGCCGUACACCGAAGUAUGGAUUGUUGUUCCAUUCUUCUUUUAUAGGCAGGGUGCAGCAGCAGAAGCAUAGAGGGAGAAUGAGCAGAUACUUGGCUUCUAAAUGCGCACUCGCGGCCCGCAUUGACGCCUUCAGUGACGAAGCAGACAAACAUGAAAGCGGCGUGCAACGGCAGCACAUCUUUGGAGACAAACUAAAAGAACAGCUGGAAGAAAGACUCAAGUAUUUGUCGGACGGGGUUGUGCCUCGCAAGAACUUGGACGUUAUGAGGGAGGCUGCAGCAGAAGUGGAGGUGCAGCGCGCAGCAGAGGCGAAGGCUCUCAGGAAGGCAAAGAAGAAGAAGGCAAAGGAAGCAGCAGCAGCAGCAGCAGCAGCAGCAGCAGAAGCAGAAGCAGCAGAAGCAGAAGCAGAUGGGGAGGAAGCCGCCGAGGAGGAGCCCAAACCCAAGAAGAAGAAGAGACACACAGAAGGCGAGGUAGCUGAAGAGGCAGCAGAAGGUGCUGCUGUAUCACGGAAGAAGAAGAAACACAAAGUGGAGAUAGCCGCUUAA